AAAUAUCCUUUGAAAAUGGAUUAUAAUCCAUUACAUAAAGUAGAUACACCUAGUUUCCGAAACUUCCUCGAAAAAUAUACAACUCAUUCCAUUCCGACCGAAUCCACAUUAAGAAAGAACAAUCUCACUUCCUGCUACGAUGUUACCAUCAAUAAAAUAAGAAACUGUGUCGGAAAUAAUAAAAUAUGGGUGUCUAUCGACGAAACUACCGACAUAAGUGGUAGAUUUGUAGCGAAUGUUGUUGUUGGUAUACUGAAAGAUGACCAGCCUCGAGAUAUAUUCCUAUUGGCAUGUGAGGUGUUGGAAAAAGUGAAUAAUUCUUCCAUUGCUGUUGUUUUCGACAAUGCGAUGAAUUUGCUGUGGCCAAAUAAGGUAGAACGAGAGAAUGUGCUCCUCUUCUUAACGGAUGCCGCUCCAUAUAUGGUAAAGGCAGCAAAGGGACUUCAGGUACUGUAUCCCAAAAUGAUUCAUGCAACGUGUCUCGCACAUGCUCUGCAUAGGGUAGCAGAAGAGGUGCGAGAGAGCUACUUUGAUGUAGAUAAAUUAAUAGCAAAUGGGAAGAAAAUUUUUGUUAAGGCUCCACUUCGAUUGCAGAAGUUUAAAGAAGAGGCUCCAUCACUACCCCUUCCCCCUAAGCCUAUUCUAACACGAUGGGGGACUUGGCUCGAUGCUGCAGAUUAUUAUUGCACACACUACAGUGUGAUUGAAAAUAUCUUCAUGAAGUUUGACAGAGAUGAUUCAUCUUCAAUUCGAACUGUACAAAAUUUGUUUUCAUCAACCACGUCAAGAAAUCUAGCGUACAUGAAAUCAAAUUUCAGUGUGAUAUCAAAAUCCAUCAUUAGACUUGAAGCUGUGGGCAUGCAACUGUGCAAUGCAUUACAAAUUGUUAAGAAAGUUGAAAGUGAACUACAUCAAGCACAGGGCGAAGUUGCUGUGAAAAUUAGUGCAAAAUUACAAAAUGUGCUCCAACGAAAUCCUGGAUAUUCAACACUGUGUACAAUUUCUGACAUUCUUUGUGGCAAAGAAGUUGAAUUUGACAACAGUGAAUUAGAACUUGACGCAAGUGAUUUGACUUGUUUUAAGUAUGCCCCUGUGACAUCUUGCGACGUAGAAAGGAGUUUCUCCAAAUACAAGGCCAUUGUUAGUGACAAUCGGAGGUCCUUCAAGUUCGAGAAUUUGAAAAUGCAUGUUGUCAUUCAGUGCAACUCUACUGAAAAGGAAGAUUAAGGUACCGUACAAAUUAUUUACCUGCAACUAUUAGCACACUUUACUUUACUUUUCACGCUAAAAUAAACAAUACUUUCGUUCAUGUUUUCUCUUUACAGGGUCAGCAUUGUGUUGUGAUGGAUGCUUCACGGCUUAAAGACAUUUAUUCAGAAAAAAUAACUUUGUACACUUUUCAAUAAAACGCCAUUCAGCUUUUCUCUUUAUGGGGUCAGCAAUGUGCUGUGAUCGAUGCUUCAGAGCUUAAAGAUAUUUAUUCAGGACAAAAUAACUUUGUAAACUUCUUAAUAAAUUGCCAUUCUUAGGAAUUUUUGUUAAAUAUUUACUUAUUUUUUGUGGGCCAUUCUGUCAUAUUUUAGGUCAUAUUUUGCCAUUUUUAGGGCAUAAAUGCAUGCAUAUUUUCAAAGUUUUUAGGACAUAGAAAUCCAAGCCCUAGUUAUGACAUUAAUGUAUCCUUCAAAGCAUUCCAAAUGCAUGAGAAGGGGUUCUCACAGCAGUGCUUAUGAAGAUUUCUAUUUUCUGGGGUAUGUACCAGGUGGUCCAUUGAAAGUGAACCAAUGUCUUGGAGAAACGUAUUACCUUCAUCUUCACUGUUGAAGAAUAAGCAAAGAGCUCUGCUAACCACCUGGUUUCAUGCUGGUUUCUUGCUUGGCAUAUUUUCCAACCCUGAAGAUGGAGAUGUUCCUCCAAAACAUUUACUUUCAAUGGACUAGAUAGUGUUGUAUCCUUGAAGACAGAUCUCUUCAUCUGGACCAUAAUUUUUUUAUUAUUUUGGAGUUUAAUAACGUUGUUUGAACUACAAUGGUCAUUUGCUCUUGAAUUCUUUCGUGAAAUUUUUUCAGGUGCAUAAGUUGUUAGUGUGGAAUGAUGUUAUUGUGAAUGAUGAAUCUGAAGAGAUGUGGAAAGAAGUCGUUAAACCCUGAUGCACAAUUAUGCAGAAGACUAAAGAAGCAUGAUAGAACGCCAUAUAGGCCAUUGAAAGUCAACUGACAUUUCAGAGGAACAUGUUGCCUCCAUGUCGAGGUUUGAAGAAUAAACCAAGCAAGGAAUCAGUAUGAAGCAGACUGCAAGCAGAGCUGUAAGAACUGCAAAUCUUAUGUACCUACUGAUGUACAUGGCAGCCAGUGGAAGAAAGGUUUACAAUUAAACUCUAUAUGUAGGCCUACCCAUUUCAGCUGUGACACUAUUUAUUGAUGGAGUAGAACAGACAGACAUGCUAAAACAGUUCCAGAGACAUGUACAAAUGGGCAGAGCUAUAUGGUCUCUGAACAGCCAUUUUGCAAUAUAUAUUAAUGAUCACAAAGGUAUAUUCAAAUGGAAGAGAAAUAUUUUUUAAUUCGUUCUUCACAAUUUUAAUAACCUCAUUACCCUUGAUAUUCAUUUAUUUCAGAAUUAAAUCUAUUUUUGCAAAGCUAAUUAUUGUACACGUAUCACACUGUAGAGUCAAAAAUGAUGUUCCUUAUAUUCUCAUAUAUAU